AUGACAGGUGCCACAGCACCGAUCAACGCCAUCACCAUAUCCCAAUCACUGCCGAUUAGAACCCAAUUUCUGCCCGAUGGAAACUGUAAAAUUGCGCAUAAAACCAUACGCUUUCAUCCCAUUUCCUGUGGAAGAGCAGUGAAAGCGGCGGCGCCGUCACUGGAAGAUGAAAUUCCGCCAAAUGCACGGCUCCGGAAGGAAGAUUCCUUAUGGAGAGGUGGGUUCAGCCUGGGAGUAGACUUGGGUUCCGCCCGUACCGGCCUUGCCAUCAGCAAAGGCUUCGUCAUUCGUCCGUUAACUGUUCUUGAAUUGAAAGGCCAAAAGCUGGAGCUCCGCCUUCUCGAUAUUGCUCAAAGUAAGGAGGUUGAUGAGUUUAUUAUAGGCCUUCCAGUAUCAAUUGAUGGGAAGGAAACGCCGCAGUCUAAUAAAGUUCGUAGUGUUGCUGGUAGGCUUGCGAUUCGGGCUGCUGAGAGGGGUUGGCGAGUUUACUUGCAGAAUGAGCAUGGGACAUCUACUGAGGCCCUUCAUAAGAUGAUAGACGAGGGACUCAACAGUGCUGAUCGUCAUGGAAGGCUGGAUGCAUAUGCUGCCGCGAUGUUGCUUGAAAGAUACUUCACACAAUCAGGAGGAGGAGUUGAACUUGUCUUCCCCAAGCAAUUGGACCUCCAAGUCAAGCUCCGUCAGUUUUCAGCCAGGAAUGUUUAG